AUGCGGAGGCUUCAGAGGGAUGCAGAACGGCGGGCAAUACGGGGCUCCCGGGCCGGCUGCGGAUUCCCUUAUUUUCGUGGGGAGGGGGUUCGGACACAGACGCUUCGUAUCCCAACGGCACGGCACCUUGCCCUUUUAUUUCAUUCUGUCAUUAAUUUCUGGCCAGAGGGAGCUACCUGCGGGCAGCACUGGAGAUGCUCUCCCCGCGGCCCCGCAGGUCCCCGGGGGGUGCGGAGGGCGCCGGGGGUCGCGGGUGCUCCCGAGCGCCGCGCUCGGAGCCCGACACGCCGCGGCUCCCGCGGCACUUCCACGGGGCCACAGCUCCCACUAGCGGCCAGCGGCUGCCCUCCUCAGGGGGAGAGGCCCCCUCGGCUGUCCCCCUCCGCCGCUACACCGCGUUCUGCCCGCUCCGGCGCCCACACGGUUUCACCGCAAAAAUCACCGGCAAAACCCAAUAGGGGCGGCGGUACCCGCUGCCCCGGGAGCUGGUACCGGCCUGGGAAGGCGGCACACUGCGACAAGAGCUGUACCGAGGCUAAACACGCGUGGUGUAAAGGCAUAGUCGCUCCUGUGAAAUUAAGUGAGGAAGGAAUUGCAGAUCCGGCGACGCAAUUUGGUGGAAAAGGAUCUGAUUCCCGGGACGGAAACUUAGCACUCAAGUGGGAGCUUAGAUUAAGAUAUUCAAAGAAACGCGGGCUCGGUGGCUACUGUGCUCAGGUCACGCUUUUUGGCCGAGGAACCGGUCCCUACGGUUGGGUCGGGCCGCAGGGCCCUUCCAGAGCCGCAGAGUUACUUACGGUUCCGAACAGGGCCGGGCCGGGCCAGAGCGGGAGGCGGGGGCCGGGCCGGGCGGGGCAGGCGGCGCUCGGAGGGGCUGCGGCGGCGCGGAGCCCCUGGGCAGCCGCGGGGCCCCGGGGCAGCCGCGGAGCCCCUGGGCAGCCGCGCUGCCACCGCGCUCCUUCCCCGGUGCCGACUCUGCGCCCGCUGAUCGGCCUCCUGCCUUCCCGUCUCCCGUCCAAGAAGCGCCUCGGAAACGGGAGAAGCGUGAGAGUAAAGGCUGGGGACGGGGGUUUCAAAGCAAAAAAGACGAGUGUUCGGAACUUAGAAAUCGGCUUCGGCCGCCGCUUCUCUGGGGGCUAUUUCGGGAGGAGGUCCCAGCAGACAUUUCGUGUUUCGCAAGGAGCGCGGUUUCCUGGCAGACGAACGCACGGGGAACCGGCUGCUGGGGGAAAUCCUGCCGCGGCCUGGGGAGCGGCGCCGCGCUCCCACGGCGCCCCGGCGGCCCGGCUCGGCGGACGGCGAUGGACGCGCAAAUGGACGGAUGGGUGGAUGAGCACUGCCAGCGAGCAGUGAUGUCGACAAUAAUUAUGUAGAUAUGGGCUCUGGUACUACAAAAUCUAUAAUGAAGGGCAGCUAAUCUGAAUGGAACAGGAUUGGGACCACAAUGCGUGAUUCUCUUUUAAACAUCAGCCUAAACAUGAACUUUUUGAGGUGGAAAAGCUCACCAUAAUUCAUCAUUACAUGAAAAUGUAACAGUUUUGAAAGUCAAAAAAUUGUAUCUCAAUGGAUACAAUUACUGCUAAAUUCAAUAAAGAGAAAUGAUGAUUGACGCUUAUUCACUUAAA